AUGGAGACGUCCAAAGCAGCCUUGCUGCUGGCAGCGCUCGUCUGCACCACCGUGAGCGGUAGCGAGGCAAUUUCGGGCUAUUCCAAAACCGGGGGUGCCUGGUUACUCUCCAUCGAUAAGCACUUGUAUACCACCAACACGGUGGAAGAGUGUGCCGCCAAAUGUGACGCCGAGACCAGUUUCACAUGCAGGUCUUUCAUGUACGUGGACAAGGAUCAGGAAUGUUGGACAGCAGGAGCAAACUCCAAAACAGAGUCAGUGCUCCGCAGAGCAAGCACAGCUUUAUAUGAAAAACAAGAUUACCUCCUGGAGUGUGUGAAUGGGAUCGGAAAGGACUACAGAGGGACAAAAUCCAGAACAAAGUCUGGAAAGACAUGUCAACGAUGGGAUGCAAAAUCCCCCCACAGGCCCAACAUAACACCAGAGAGCCACCCCAGGGCAGACCUGAUGUCCAACUUCUGCAGAAACCCCGAUGAAGACGCAGGGGGUCCUUGGUGUUACACGACCGAUCCCAACACACGUUGGGAGCACUGCAACGUUAAGAGCUGCACAGAGGACUGUAUCCACUGCAAUGGCGAGGACUACCGGGGUAAGACAGCUGUUACAGAGAGCGGAACAGCCUGCCAACGCUGGGACUCUCAGGAACCUCACAACCAUGGCUACAACCCCAUUGCGCUUGCAGAAAAGUACCUGGAGGAGAACUACUGCAGGAACCCAGACGGAGACCCUCAGCCAUGGUGCUUCACGACUAACCCCAACAAAAGAUGGGAGUUUUGCUCCAUCGCUCGCUGCACGUCGGAAGCUCCCACCUUGGUUCCAGAGACCACUUGCACCACGGGCGAGGGCAGCGCUUAUCGGGGAACCAUCGCUGUUACCGAGUCCGGAAAAACGUGUCAGAGCUGGUCUGAACAAUCGCCUCAUAAGCACAACCGCUCACCUGAAAACUACGCUUGCAAAGGUCUGGACAAAAACUACUGCCGGAACCCCGAUAAUGAGAGGAAGCCGUGGUGCUACACCACCGACCCUGACACCCGGUGGGAGUACUGCAGCGUGCCCACUUGUGGGGACGGUCCUGGACCAGAUGAUCCAGUUAUUCCCACUGAGGAAGACGACUGCUACGAGGGCAAUGGGUCCAGUUAUCGUGGGGUGACUUCUGAGACCAUCAGUGGGAAAAAAUGUCAGGCCUGGACCUCCAUGAGUCCACACAGGCACACUAAGACUCCACGGCAGUACCCCGACGCGGACCUGAGGCGGAACCUGUGCAGGAACCCAGAUGGUGAUCGAGCUCCCUGGUGCUACACCAUGAACCCUAGCGUCCGCUGGGAGUACUGCAACCUGGAGAAAUGCCGUCCGUCCGGAGGUGCUCCCGCACCCAAACCCACCACGCCCCAAACUACACUACCCCAGACUCCAACCCAGAAAGAGUGCAAGGUUCAGGAUGGCUCCACCUACCGUGGAUCGACCUCUAGCACCAUCACGGGCGUGACUUGCCAAGCAUGGGCUGCACAGACACCUCACCAGCACAACACUUUCACCCCGGAAACUCAUCCUGACAAGGGUCUGGAUGGUAAUAGCUGCAGGAAUCCGGACUCCGACCCUAACGGACCCUGGUGCUACACAACAGAUCGCAACAAGAAAUGGGAUUACUGUCAGAUCCCUGAUUGCGCGGGAAUGACUUGCGGCACACCUGUCACGAAACCCAAGCGCUGCUUUGGUCGUAUUGUGGGGGGCUGCGUAGCCAAACCACAUUCAUGGCCCUGGCAGAUUAGCCUUCGCACCAAUUCAGGAAUGCACUUCUGCGGUGGAACUCUGAUCCACCCUCAAUGGGUAGUGACAGCCGCCCACUGCCUGGAGAGGUCCAAACGACCGACAGCCUACAUGGUCGUUCUAGGGACACACAAAGAGCGAACGCUGGAGACUUAUGCCCAGCAAAGGGCCUUGGAGAAGCUAGUGCUGGAACCCAACGGUGCCGACAUCGCACUGCUCAAACUGGAACGGCCUGCAGUCAUUAAUGACAAAGUCCUGCCAGCGUGUCUGCCAGAGAAGGACUACACAGUUCCCAGUGGAACAGAAUGCUAUGUCACUGGAUGGGGGGAAACUCAAGGUACGGGUGGCGAGGGCUUCCUUAAGGAAACAGGCUUCCCGGUCAUCGAGAACAAAGUCUGCAAUCGACCGUCAUAUCUGAACGGCAGAGUGAAAAAUCACGAAAUGUGCGCCGGAAACAUCGAAGGCGGAACUGACAGUUGCCAGGGUGACAGCGGUGGUCCUUUGGUUUGUAAAGACAACAACAAAUUCAUCCUGCAAGGCGUCACGUCUUGGGGUUUGGGCUGCGCCAAUGCCAUGAAGCCCGGAGUCUAUGCGCGAGUCUCAAAGUUCGUGGACUGGAUUGGACGAACCAUCAAAGCCAACUGA